AUGUUCCGCGGUUACUCUCGCCGCUUGCUGGUGAAGGUGCCAUUCUCCUCGCUGUUCGAGCACAACUACGUGCUGCGCCGCGUGUUCGAGGCGCCGCCGGGCAAGGUGGCGCUGGCGGAGGAGUUCGCGGGCCGUGCGACGGCGCAGUUCACGUACGGGGAGCUGCAGCGCGACGUGGUUGCGAUGGCGGACGUGCUGGUGCGGCGCAGGGAGGCCGUUGCGCAGGCGCGCGGCGGGGCGUCGCUGGAGUGGGUGCAGCCGAGCAGGCCUGCCCACGUGCGGAGCGUGUUUGCGCAGGGUGAGCGGACCCCGAGCUGCGACGUGAUGAAGGAUGUUGGGUUCUACACGACGUCGGUGCUCGGCGGCCCCGGGUACACGUACGUUGUGUCGCUGCUUGCGAGCUGGUCGCUGAACCAGCUGGCGACGCCGAUGUCUGUGUCGCAGCGCUACAACGACGAGCUGAUGUACGUGCUGGAGCACAGUGGGAGCAGCAGCGUGGUGGGCGAGACGCAUCUGCUCAAGGAGAAGCUGCCGGCGGCGUACGAGAAGCUGUACGUGCGUGGCGAGGCGGACGUUGACAUAAUUGCUAGCAAACUGCCCUCGUAUGAUGACGAGGGAAAGACGUCGAGAGUGAUGUCGAACACUUACCUCGUAGACACCGUCUUUGACGCAACGAAGCUGCUCCAAGAGUUCCGUGCUCGACGAGAGAUGCGAGGCACGUCAGCGUUGGAGGUGGAGUUGCUCCAUCCAGCCGACAGUGCGUGUGAGCCCUUCAAAACAGCCGAAGACGUCGUACGACGCUUAAAUGACGAGAGGACCGCUGCGAAGGCACGGGAGCUGGACCGACAAGCGGAAAUUAUUCAGCAGGAGCACUCGGCCCGCAACAAGACUCCCACAAAUCUGGAGCCGACUACGGAUGAGACAUUUUGCUUUGAUACUAAGGACCUGGACAAACUGAACCCACUGUUUCGUCGCUGGUACGAGGACCCCGCGAGCCAGCCAACCAAGUACGACGACUGCCUGAUGGUCUACACCUCCGGCACCACUGCCCGCCCUAAGGGCACGGUGCACACGCACGCGAGUGUGGCGAACAUGGUGAAGGUGUUGCAGGACGCGUGGGAGUGGAAGGACAGCGACAGCAUUCUGCACGUGCUGCCCGUGCACCACAUCCACGGUCUGGUGAACAUUCUGUUCUGCUCUUUAGCCUCCAACGCGCGGUGUGUGUUCACCAAGUUCGACGAUGCGAGCCGUGUCGCACACCGUAUGGAGCGGGGCGACAUCACGCUGUUCAUGGCGGUGCCGACCAUCUACACGAAGCUGAUCGACGCGGUGACGCGCAAGUUCAGUCCCAUUGAGAAGACGGGGUUCCGCAAGGCGUGCGUGGAGCACGUGCGCCUGAUGGUCUCUGGCAGCGCGGCGCUGCCGGUUCCCACGCUGAACCAGUUCCGCGAGCUGUCUGGGCACACGCUGCUGGAGCGCUACGGCAUGACGGAGAUCGGCAUGGCGCUGAGCCAGCCGCUGCGACCGGUGGAGGAGCGGCAUCCCGGCACCGUUGGCUCGCCGCUGCCGACGGUGGAGGCGUACGUGCACAAGCCGGAGACGGAGGAGGCUGCGGAGCAGGCGGAGGCGAAGGAGUCGCAGUACGACGAGGUGGGCAGCCUCGCCAUCGCGUCCGAGUCGCUGUUCGACCGCUACUGGCGCAACCCUGCUGCGACGAAGAAGGAGCUGCGGACGGACGCUGCGGGGACGCGCUUCUUCGACACGGGCGACACGGUGGGUGUGCGGCGCGCCGCUGGCAAGCCUGCUGUGUACACGAUCCUUGGGCGGUCGAGUGUGGACAUCCUGAAGACGCGCGGGUACAAGCUGUCUGCGCUGGAGAUCGAGGCGGCGCUGCUGGCGCACAAGGACCUGUUCUACGAAAUGGCUGUUGUGGGCACCGCGGACGAUGUGCUUGGGGAAAAGGUCGUUGCGGUGGUUGCGAUGCAGCCGGAGGCCGCGAAGGCGCGCGGGAUCGCGUUCAGCGAGAGCGUGCGGUGGUACGAGUCGGAGGGGCUGACUGCUGAGCUGAAGAAGGUUGCGCUGGAGACGCUCGCGCCGUACAAGUGCCCGUCGCGGUACAUCAUUGUGCCUGAGAUCCCUCGCAACCCGACCGGCAAGGUGAACAAGAAGGAUCUGAAAAAAGUACUUCACUUGAAGUAG